GAGCGGCGGGGAAUUUAUUGGUUCAUUAUGCGAUGCCUGCACGCUUGAGUAUUUAAAGACACAUCCACGCAGGACAGCUCAGUGAGACGGGCGAUUCCACGUCGGUCUAAUACAGUUUUCUUGCAGAUUUCGGACGCGUGAUUCCUCUCGACCUGUGUCGCCUACGCCCUUAAACCAGAUUGGAUUUAACUGCAAUAUGUCCAAAUGCAAGAAUUCAAAACAUCACCAAUCUCGAAAAUCCCAUUCAAGAAGAAGUGCAGCAGGGCUCAAGGAGGGGAUGGAUUUUACAUCCAUGACACAGACAGAGAAUAGUUUCAAGGAACACUUGUCACUAGGUGAAUCAGAUGAUGAUCUGAAGGAUGUUCCAGUCCAAAAUGGAGACAUUAAUAUCUCCAUGAAGAAUGGCCUACAGAAGGAUGUCUGGGGGAAGGCACUCAGUGCAGCAGUGGCACAGCAGGAACUGGAACUGAAAGAUGAGAGAAGUGACUCAGUUAAGGCAAUGGAUACUCCAUUGUCCAGUCAAUAUGAACAAGAGGUACGGCCAUGCAUCGAUCUCAUCGACUCGCUGAGAGGAUUUGGUGUGGACAAAGACCUGGGGCUUCCAGCCAUCGCAGUGAUUGGUGAUCAGAGCUCUGGGAAGAGCUCCGUCUUGGAGGCCCUCUCUGGAGUGUCCCUUCCCAGAGGGAGUGGAAUUGUAACCAGAUGCCCACUGGAAUUGAAGCUAAAAAAUGUUAAACAGGAGGAUGUUUGGAAGGGGAAAAUCAGCUACAGGGAUUAUUCAAAGAAACUCAGCAGUGCAGCUGAGGUGGAAGAAGAAAUUGUCAAAGCCCAGGACAGUAUUGCAGGGCAAGGAGUGGGAAUCAGCAAUGAAUUGAUCAGUCUGGAAAUUGAGUCCACCAGUGUCCCUGACCUGACCUUGAUAGACUUGCCAGGAAUUGCCCGGGUAGCAGUUGGUGACCAGCCAGUUGAUAUUGGAGAACAGAUUAAGAGACUUAUUAAAUCAUUUAUUAUGAAACAAGAGACAAUUAAUCUUGUAGUUGUGCCAUGUAAUGUCGACAUAGCAACCACAGAAGCGCUGAAAAUGGCUCAGGAAGUGGAUCCUACCGGGGACAGAACUCUGGGCAUUUUAACUAAACCUGACCUGGUUGACAAAGGAACAGAGAUGAACGUGGUGGACAUUAUGGAGAACUUGGUGGUGGAGCUGAGUAAGGGUUACAUGAUUGUUAAGUGUCGAGGCCAGAAAGAUAUCAAUGACCAGAUAGCACUCACUGAUGCUAUCUUGAAGGAAAAGGCUUUUUUUGAAGACCAUGAACAAUUCAGACCGCUUCUAGAAGAAGGAAAGGCUGGUAUUCCAAAUUUGGCUGUUCGGCUAACAAAGGAACUUGUUAACCACAUUAAAAAAUCAUUGCCUCAGUUGCGAAUGGAGGUGGAAAAGGAACUGAACAAAUCAUUGAAAUCUAUAAAGUUGUACAACUGUGCGGUCCCCUCUUCUUACAGUGAGAAAAUGACAUUCAUAAUCGAGAAGAUCAACAAUUUCAGUGGCCAUAUAAAAAAUUUGACUUCAGGGGAGGAGCCACACGACAAGUCAAAAGGGGAGAGAUACAUCACCAAAGUGCGGAAGGAGUUUGAAGAAUGGAAUUCAUUCCUGCAAAAGAGUGUAGAAAACUUCCGAGUGUACGUCCGUGACGAAGUUCUCCAGUAUGAAGAUCUUUACCGGGGAAGAGAGCUGCCUGGAUUCGUCAACUACAAAACCUUUGAAUCUCUUAUAAAGAGAGAGAUUGCUGAACUCGAAGAUCCAGCAAUUAAAAAGAUGAAAAACAUUACAAAGAUCACAAGGGAAGCAUUUUUAGAUAUCGCUGAGCAACAUUUCAGUACCUUCUUCAACCUUUACAAAGCUGCCAAGGUCAAUAUCGCAGCUCUCAGCUGUGAGCAAGAACAGGAAGCAGAGAAGCUGCUGCAAGCCCAGUUUAAGAUCGAGAGUACGGUGUACUCUCAGGAUAGUCUCUAUAGUGGCAGCCUUAGCAAACAGAAAGAAGGCCAAGGAAAAACCUUGGGAAAUGCCAGCAUCCUGGAAAUGACUUAUCACUUACACGCAUAUUACCAGAUUGCCUCUAAUCGACUGGCUGACCAGAUUCCCAUGGUCAUACGUUGCUACAUUUUAAGUGAAAUGGCUGAAAAGCUACGGAUCCAGAUGUUACAGAUCAUCCAAGAGAAGGAUCACAUCAAUGAAUAUCUGAUGGAAGAUCAAGACAUACAGAGAAAGAGAGACGAGCUUAAAUGCAGAAUAGAGCGAUUGAGAAAAGCCCAGAAGAUAUUGCUUGAAUUUGGUUAAAUAACCUGAAUAUAUUCAAUGCUAUGAAAAUGCAUAUAUAUUAUUACACUUUUUUCUAUUUGGUCUUGGGAAUCAGAAGUCACACUGUGUUACAGAUGGUCUUCAACCCUGCAAAUACUAUAAGCCUAUUCACGUAUACUGACCUCCACACUAUGUAAACUGGUUUAAACUGACAAGAAACUCAGUUAUUUUUAAUGCACCUGAUGAUGUAGCACAGAGUAUUCCAAGUAUUUACAUACUGUGUAAUAUUCCAGAUUUUACAUAGAAAUAAAGACAAUGGGGAGUAAGAA